AUGGCAACUUUAGCCGGCAUGAGACGCUGGCUGGCAAUUCUGGUACUGGCACUUUUUCAACAACCCGUAGAGGUAUGCAAGGAAGUACCUGAACACGGGCCGUGCCGUGCUCAAGAAGUCAAAUACUAUUACAACAGCAGUGAGAAAGAAUGUCAGGAGUUCAAAUAUGGUGGAUGCCGCGCAAACGGCAAUACCUUCGACUCCAAGAGCGAUUGCGAGAGCAAUUGCGCUAGAUCAGCUGGCAACAUCUGCGCCCUCGUACCCGAUGCCGGGACGUGCCAUAAAAAAAAGAAGAGAUUCUACUUUAACGCAACGGCUCGCGGGUGUCUCCGUUUUGUGUACAGCGGAUGCGGAGGUAACGGCAACAAAUUCAUAUCCAUGUCCCAGUGUCAGGAACGUUGCAUUCGGCCGCAUUGCCGAAGGAAUGAAGAGUAUGUGCCGUGUGUUUACGGCGGCUGUGAGGAGAACACCUGCGACACGAAAAACCCAUACCCGAACUGCACUGACCACAUAUGCAGGAGCGGCUGCUUUUGCACCAAGAACUUCUACAGAAAUUUGAAAUCGGGAAAAUGUGUGCGACUCAAACGUUGUCCUCGUGGGCCGGUGUGCCGUCAGCCCAAGAGCCAAGGUUUUGGUGCCAAGAAAUGGAUACGGUACUACUACGAUCUCGAAAAGCGAGCAUGUUUGCGGUUUGAAUAUCGUGGCCAGGGCGGAACACUAAAUAACUUCAAGUGGUACUUCGAGUGCGUUUUGUAUUGCGGAGGUGUCAGGCCGCUGAAUACGGGAAGAGGUCCAGAGUAA